AUGGCGGAGGAGACCCGGCGGGCGCUGGAGGCGCGUCCCGGCGCCCACGGCGACACCAUCUUCGCGCGCAUCCUCCGGCGCGAGAUUCCCGCCGACGUCAUCUUCGAGGACCCCCAGUGCCUGGCCUUCCACGACGUCGCCCCGCAAGCUCCCGUCCACUUCCUGGUCAUCCCCAAGAAGCCCCUCGCCCGCAUGGCCGACGCCGAGGACGCCGACGAGAGCCUCCUGGGCCACCUGCUGACGGUGGGGCGGAGGUGCGCGGCCCAGCUGGGCCUGGCCGGGGGCUACCGCAUGGUCGUCAACGACGGGCCCGACGGCGGCCAGUCCGUGUACCACCUCCACCUGCACGUGCUGGGCGGGCGGCAGCUGGGCUGGCCCCCGGGCUAGCCCCCCGGGACCCCCCGCUAGCCCAC